AUGGGUGUAGUAAAAAAAUACAAAGGUAUUAUUGUGAUGAUGUGUGACCAUGAGAGUGUAAAUGGAGCAUUAGAAAAGGUAAACAGAUUCGGCAGUAUGAUAAUAAAAACGACUAAGGUUCCCAUAAGAAUAGGAUAUAAAACCUACAAGGUCCACGAUAUAAAGAUCGGAUGCAGGUUUGGGAUCAGGCUGCUGGUGUACUUCAUGCUCCUGAUCUUCAUCGGCCCCUAUUUCGGAAACUGGAACACGACGGAGAAGUUUCUGUGCAGGCUGGACGUGUACGCGGGCGAGUGUGGCCUGUCGGAGAGGCUGGCCCCGGCAACGGACAGCUUCAGGUGCGCAGCGCAGAGGUUCCGGAUCGCAAAGCUGGGCUCAGUCGUGAGAGUCUCAGUGCUGACCAUCGGGUUCGUCCUGGGCCUGCUGCUGGACAUCCUGGGCCCGAAGCUGACAUUCCUUAUCGGGAUCGUGAUGAGGAUGGGCUCCUGGUUCAUCUUCUCAAUCAAGGGCGCGCGGAGCUCAAUGAUCAUCUUCAGCGGAGUCAUGCUCGGGCUCUCCAGGAACGCAAUCGCGUACCCGACGCUCACGAUUUACAUGUACACGACGUCAUUCAAGGAGUACGCGACGACUAUCAUGGGCAUCGGGAUAACGCUGGCAGGGCUCUACAUCAUCGUGAUAGAGAGGCUCAUGGGAUUCACGAAGUGCGACCCCUACAAGUUCACGCGGUACUCGAUGCUCGUCACGCACAUUCCCUGCCUGCUGGUGGGCCUGGUGAUAUUCCCGUGGAACUCGCCGACGCCGAAGUUGAAGCAGAAGAUGAAGGCAGUGGACAGCCAGGGGCUGGAGUACCAGAGCUCCACGGACGACUACACAUAUAACUCGGCGAGUUACGAAGUUAACAGCUCCUACAGCAACUCGAGCUAUUCGCUGGAGCAGUCGCCCAGUUACGCACUGAAUCAGAACAAGAUUAAAUCGCACCACUCAGACGAUUCUCGGGACACGAGCCCGGACAGCCCUCUAGAUUUAGUCCUGGGAACGCCCAUCAACGGGCUCACGGACAACUCAGACGUCGACAGCAUGAUCACUCCGAGCGUGCUCGGGAACAAGGAGGCGGAUAGGAACCCCGACCUCAAGCUCGAGGUGAUCGACGACGCGCACAUCUCCAGGCUGCACACGAAGAACACGACGGUGCUCGACCGCUCAGUCGCCGAAAGGACCUCGACGGAGGAGAGCGACGUGGAGGUCGACGGGGACGUCCAGAUACCCAUCGACCACUCGCAGUGGAACCUGAAAAAGUUCCUGAGGUACCUGACGGGCAUGGAGUACGCAAUCACGUGCCCGUACUUCGUGCUCAACUUUCUGGACUUCUUCUUCAUGCAGAUGAUGUUCUCGACCAUGUACGGCCGAUACAAGGACGUGAUCGUGCUCAACGAGUACCUCGUCUCCUUCAGCUUCAUACUCACAUUCCUAAUCGGCUUUCUGUACAAGGUCUUCAACCCGGUGACGAUCCUGGUCUUCAGCAACAUGUUUGGAAUCCUCACGCACUUCGUGGCCUUCAGCUCCUCGCGGGUCGCCGGCUACCUGGCGGCGUUCACGCUCAUAGCCUACGCCUCGAUCCUGUUCACGCAGACGUACAUCUACAUACAGUCCACCUUCGACGCGAAGUACUUCGGAAGCCUCGUGGGAACCAUAAACACGCUCUCGGGCCUGGUGAUGUUCUUCAACAUCCUCCUCAUAUCGCUGGUGGAGAAGUACGGCUGCACGAACAAGAUACACAUAGCGAUGAUCGUAGCGAGGUCGAUCUGCGGAGCAGGCCUGGUCUUCCUGAGCCUGAGGCGCAGGAAGAGGACUAAAUCGAUAUGA